ACCACUAACAUGACACACGUACGUGUCAUCUUAUCGCUGGUCUCAACGGUCCACAUACGUUCCCACGCCGUGCUACUACAGUUCAAGCUCCUGGACUCAAUUCACUCCCAUCAUGCAUAUAGAUAGACCAGACCAGAAGAGAAGAAAGACAGGAGAAGAGGAGUUUAGAAGAGGAAAACGGGGAAGUGAGCGACGAUGAUGGUCCUUCCUCCCCGGCGACGGCAGGAGCUGAAUCUUGCAGUAAGUCUGCCGUUGCCAGGUCUGUUGCGCUGCAUCCUUGUAUUGGUCAUAGCCGUGCGCCCUUCUACCGCAUCAAUUUUUUCGGACUGUGGGCCCUCCCCUUCCUCCCCUGUGAAGGACGGCGACGUCUGCAUCUUCCAGCUUGAGCUGCCCAUUAUUGGAGUUCUGCAGAGCUCCUGGGACGCAGGCGUCAUAGACGGCGCCCUCCACCUCACCACCGACGACGUCUACCAGCCGCCCGUUUAUUACCCGCCCGACCCCAAGAGGCGGGCCGGAUGUGCCAUCCUCCUGGAGGAAGUCAUUCUGUGGCAGCCGGUCCGUAAACCAUCCGACAUCAACUUUAAGUGGCAAUGGCCAUGGAGGUACGACGAGCCAAAGCUUGAGGCGUCCUUCAACGCCACAUUCACCAUGAGCGCCAACACAUCACGCCGCGGCGACGGCGGCCUUAUGUUCGGGAUACUGCCUUCCCCUCUGGAUGGCUUCCACAGAGCCACCUACGCAUCCUUGGCCAGGUCCCGGACCACAUUCCCCGACGGCCGCCGCGUCGCCAUCGAGGUCAGUCAAGCAGAGUACUACUAUUCUCAAGGUACUACCAGCAUGUACGUUUCCAUCGAGCCGGAGCCGAACACGACGUCCAUGGCGAUCUACACCGUCUGGAUCGAUUACAACGCCACCGCUCACAACCUAUCGGUGUAUGUGGUCGAGGGCGGCAAGCCCAAACCUGGGGAACCCACGCUUCACAUGCCGCUCAACGUCACCGACGUCGUUAGGUCGCCCCAAGGCGCUUCGGGUUACUUCGGUUUAUUCGCCUCAAAGAGCAGAUUCUUGCCCACUUGUCAGGCGGUGGUCUAUAGCUGGAACAUCACCAUGGAGAAGCUCCCGCCGGAACCCAUGCUCCCGGAACCCGUGCCUGAACCCAUGCCCCGUGAACCGAACCAUGGUCGUGAGCUGCAAAGAGAAUUCUUCGCCAUACUGCUGACGGUGGUGCUUCCUAUAGCCGUUAUCACGGCCGUCGUUUUCAUGGCGGCCUGCUACUUCUCGUCGAGGUACAGGGCUCUCAGGACGAGGCUCAAGCUCUCAGAGGUGCUGAGACAGCUCCCCGGGGUGCCCAGGGAGUUCAAGCACGCCACCAUCCGGAAGGCGACCCACAACUUCCAUGAGAUGAUGAAGUUGGGGAGAGGCGGCUUCGGCGCCGUGUACAAGGGAACGCUCCGGUCAGGGAAGCGCGGCGAGGGGCGCGUCGACGUGGCUGUGAAGAAGUUCACACGGAAAGACGACCGUGGCUACGAGGACUUCCUCGCCGAGGUCGACAUCAUCCACCGCCUCCGCCACAAGAACAUUGUCCCUCUUCUUGGUUGGUCUUACGAGAAUGGAGAGCUGCUACUGAUCUACGAGUACAUGCCCAAUGGCAGCGUAGACAAGCACCUGUUCCACGAAAAGCAACAGCACCGUGGCCACCAACAGCCAGUUCUGCCCUGGGAGAGACGCUACGACAUUGUGAAGGACGUCGCCGCCGGUCUGCACUACGUCCACCACGAGUACGAGCGCACGGUGCUCCACCGCGACAUCAAGGCAAGCAACAUCAUGCUCGACUCGGCCUUCCGCGGCCGCCUCGGCGACUUCGGCCUCGCGCGGGUCGUCGCCUUCGACAAGAACUCCUUCACCGACAUCGGCGUCGCGGGCACCUGGGGCUUCAUCGCGCCGGAGUACCCCGUCAGCCACAAGGCCACCCGGCAGACCGACGUCUACGCGUUCGGGGUGCUGGUCCUCGAGGUCGUCACCGGCAGGAGGUCGCUCGGCAAAGCGGACGACGAGUUCCCAAUGCUGGUCGACUGGGUCUGGUGGCUCCAUCAAGAGGGGAGGCUGCUCGAAGCCGUUGACGCCGAGCUCCGCGGGUCGGGGAUGGAGUUCGCCGCCGACGACGCCGCCCGGCUGCUGCUCCUCGGUCUGUCCUGCAGCAACCCGAACCCAUCGGACCGGCCGACCCUGGCCAACGUGCUGCAGGUUGUCGCCAAGACGGCACCGCUGCCGGACGUGCCGCUGGUGAAGCCCGCGUUUGUGUGGCCGCCGGAGGGGGCGUUACUGGACGACGACGUGGAUGAUGGGUUUGCGGGGACGAGCCGUGAUGAUUCUCGUUACUGGGAGGAGGAGGAGACCAUGCCGAGCUUCAUGUCGUCGGAGAUCACCAAGCGCAGGGCUCGGAAUGUAGAUCAGCACAAAGACGCGGGGGAGAUAGAGAGUUAUGUGUAAUCCAAUCUGUAGACGAUAGGCAUCUAUUGUUAUGUGUAAUCCAUUGUUACUGGUUUUC